UAAGAAAAUCUCCACCGCGGGGAUCCCUUCUAUAUAACAAUAAAUAAAUACCAUAGUCAGAUAGGACCACAUGCACACAUUAGCCAUAGAUACACCAUGUCAAACCUUUCAUUUCUUUCUUCCUUUCUUGUUCCGAUCAUCGCCACUGUCAUCUUCACAAUUUCUCUGAUCAAACGGUUGAUCUUCACUUUAUCAAACACAACCCAGAAAAACUUGCCUCCAUCACCACGAAGACUCCCAAUCCUAGGCAACCUCCACCAACUGGGCCUCUAUCCAUACCGCACCCUCCAACAAUUGGCCCAACACCACGGCCCACUCAUGCUAGUCCACUUCGGCUCCAGGCCCGUACUCGUGGUCUCGUCCGCCGACGCCGCCCGCGAGAUCAUGAAAACCCACGACGUCGUUUUCUCCAACAGGCCCAAACUCAGCAUGGCCCAUAAACUCCUCUACCAAGCCAGGGACAUCUCCACGGCACCGUACGGCGAGUAUUGGAGGCAGAUGAGAAGUAUUUGCAUGCUCCACCUCCUCAGCCCCAAAAGGGUCCACUCCUUUAGAUCGGUUAGGGAAGAAGAAGCGGCGUUAAUGGUUGAACUCAUCAAACGACAGUGUUUUGAGUUGUCGUUGCCUGUAAAUCUGAGCGAAAUGUUUUCGUCGUACACAAACGACGUGAUUUGUAGGGUCGUUUUUGGGAGGAAGUAUGAGGGAGCAAAAGGUGGGACUCGGUUUAAGGAGUUACUUGGGGAUUUAAUGAGGUUGUUGGGGAGUGUUUGUGUUGGGGACUAUAUAACGUGGCUUUCUUGGGUGAACUACGUGAACGGUACGGAUAGGGCAGUGGAGAAAGUUGCUAAAGCUUUUGAUAGUUUUCUGGAUAGUGUAGUUGAGGAACACAUGGAGGGUUUUAAUUACAAUAAUGAAGGUCAAGAUAGAAAGAACUUUGUGGAUAUUUUGCUUGAGAUUCAAGAAAACACAAAAAUGGCGGGGUUUUCAGUUAGUAAAGACAAUAUUAAAGCUAUUAUCCUGGAUAUGUUUGCUGCUGGGACAGAUACAACUUACACAGUCUUAGAAUGGGCAAUGACCGAACUGUUAAAGAAUCCAAUAAUCCUAAAGAAACUUCAAAGUGAAGUGUCCGAAGUAGCCAAUGGAAAAUCAGACAUAUCAGAAGAAGACUUGGAGAAAAUGGUUUACUUAAAAGCUAUAAUGAAAGAGACUCUUCGCUUGUAUCCACCAAUUCCAUUGCUGGUGCCUCGAGAAUCAACCCAAGAUAUCAAAAUCAAGGGCUUUGACAUAGCUGCAGGGACCAUGGUUAUGACCAAUGCUUGGGCCAUUGGAAGGGACACCACCUUGUGGGACCAACCUGACCUGUUUCAGCCCGAGAGGUUUAUUGAUUCUGAGGUGGAUUUCAAAGCCGGGAGUGACCAUUUCCAAUUGAUUCCCUUUGGGGCUGGCAGGAGAGGCUGCCCGGGAAUCUUGUUUGCCAUGGUUAGUAAUGAGUUGGUGUUAGCUAAGCUUGUCCACAAAUUUGAUUGGACAUUAUUGCCUGGGGUUGAUGAUCUUGAUAUGCGAGAAUGUGUGGGACUCACUAUUCAUAGGGAGGUUCCUCUUAUUGCUAUUGCAACUCCAAAAUAAUCAACAUAUAUAUUAUGUUAAAAAAAACCCUCCAGCUCUUUUGUAAUAUGUUUUUUUUAAAAAAAUAAAAUUAUAAUGUGAAUACUCCUAAAUUAUUUAUUAAUAAAAACACAUAAGUAAUACUUUUUUCUCUA